AUGGGUAGUUGUUUUCUAAUUCAAUUAAGACAACCCAAAAGAAUUAGUUCAAUCGAUACUCUGGUUGAGUCGACGACGACAUACCAAGAAAAGGUUGUACGGGUGUUGAAGAUGAACGGAAAGGUUGCUGUCGAGUACCUAUCAUCAGUUUUAGUUAAGGAUGUCUUGGUGAAUUUCGAUGGUUUUGGAGUCGGGAUCUGGGAAGGGUCGUCCCAGAUUCUCCCUCCUAAUUAUGAACUGAGAACUGGAAAUGUUUAUUAUCUUCAUCCUACUAAUUCUCAAUCGUCAGAUAAUAAUCAGAACUUAUCUGGGGAAGUAAAGCAAAUUAAAGUGAUUAUAACAAAGCAACAGCUUCAAGAGUUGUUAACGAAAAAGGGUUCAAUUGAAGACUUGAUCGCCAAAGUUUCUAAAGGAUUAUUUGAUCAUGAGCAUAAUAACGUUGAUGACGAUGAUACGCCGAGAAGUUGGAGGCCUGAACUUGAAACUAUACCAGAAGGACGUGAAUAG